UAAGUCACUGGAAAGUGUAGUCAGGACUAUCCAAAAUGCGUCUCGGACUAAGAAGGAACACUAGAGCAUAUGCUCUUAGUACUAUUGUCGAUAUCCCCGCCGAUAGUGAUGAAUCAAUACAAUCGCAAACAGUAGACCAUGGAUUUAACAAGGGAGGCGAUGGUCACUUAGAAGGACAAUACAAUGACCCACGUCCCAGGAAGACACCGGGUCACAAGUCAAAUGAGACAAUUCACCCUAAAACAAAGUCUGUCUAUGACAUUAUAGACGAACCCAUAGAUAUGGAGAAGAUCAAGAAAACUGGAGUUAUAUUCAUAUCACGUAUACCUCCAUUCAUGAGUAUCAAGAAGAUAAGGUCAUACUUCAGUAAAUUUGGACAGGUCGGUAAAAUAUACGCUGAGCCGGAAACAUUAGCAAAUUAUAAAAAGCGGGUAAAAUUGGGUGGAAAUACAAAACUCAAGUUUGAACAUGGUUGGGUAGAAUUCUUGGAUAAAAAGGAUGCGAAAUUAGUUGCCAUGCACUUGAAUGGCCAGCCAGUAGGUGAAAAGAAACGCCACAACGUUUGGAGAGAUGACCUCUGGAACAUAAAGUAUCUACCAAAAUACAAAUUCUCGGAUGUAAUGGACUACUUGCACCAAGAACGUAGGGAACGCAAGGAUAAAUUAAGCUACCGCCUUGCAGAGGCACGCAAGGAAAACUAUAACUAUCGCGAGCAGUUGGAAGCGGAAAAGGAACACAAACGAAUUGAGAUGAACCUAAAACGAAAGGGUAUUGAAUCAUAUACCCACAAGGUAUCUUUCACCCCAAAAGAAAGUAAACAUGAUAAGGAUUCAGAAGAAAGUGUACCUGUAAGCCUUCUAAGUGCGAUUGUAUCAUGAGGGCUAUUGCCCUAACACACUAAGUGUUUGUUGCUAAUCUAUUGCCAUGGCGUCAGAUCCUGUUCUGGGUUCUUUCACGGUAACGGAGGGGUAAGCGACCUUGCUGUCAACGAUAAGCAAGAGGACAGAACCACU